CGCUCUUGCGGCCACGAGAUGAGAGUUUUCUGCUUUAAACCUCAGACAAGUAAACAGAUACAAUGGGAGACUGGUCAGACGUCACCGCCGUUUGGGGCAAACUCGACGCAGACACAGGACCACAGGCACUUGCCAGAGUUCUGAUUGUGUAUCCUUGGACUCAGAGGUACUUCGGAACAUUUGGUGACUUGUCCAAUGCCGCAUCUAUCUUGGGCAAUGCCAAGGUGGCCGCGCACGGCAGCACCGUGGUGGGCGCACUGGCCAAAGGUGUGGCCAACCCGGAUGCUGUGAAAGCUACUUACGCCGAGCUCAGCAAGCUCCACUGCAACAAGCUGCACGUCGAUCCAGACAAUUUCAGGCUGCUGGCCGACUGCCUGACCAUCGUCGUGGCCCUCAAACUGGGCGCUGCCUUCACCCCUAAGGUCCAGGCCACUUGGCAGAAGUUCUUGUCAGCCGUCGUCAUCGCCCUCGGAAGUCAGUACGUCUAAACGUCUGAUUUCAGACCUCAGGGAUGUGCGUUGGUCUGAACAACUACAAGAAAACACCAGCAUGAAAUAAAAUGAUAUGAAGAAAUUAAA